GGAAAGAGAUAUAGAGGGGAGACAGACUGUGGAGGAGAAGACGCAAAGCUUCAUCUCUGCCUGGAGAUGAAAGAUACUUUUAUCUUACACUGAGCAGACGGAUUUCACUCGGUGCCGCCAUGUAUUUUGGUAGUGUGUGUCACAGUACCCUGCCGCCACUGGCCCGCCCCAUGCUGGGUAGGACCCCGCCCUCCCCAGAUCCAAAGCCCCUCCUCCCCUACCACCUGCUGCCUGGAUUCACAGACAUGGAUCACGUUCAUAAAGCUCUGAUUGGCCCAGGCUUCGGCUUAACAUCGCCGCUGAAGAGGAAGCAUAGUUCCUGCGGUGUCUGUCGACUGAGGUUCAACUCUGAGGUGCAGGCUUCUUCCCAUUACUGUGGCACCAAACACGCGAAAAGGCUGAAAGCGAUGGACGCCCCCGAUUCAAAGAUCAGGACCUCUGAACCAGUCGCCAAGGAAACCACAUCGCAAAUCCUCUCGUCACCCUGCUCACAGCCCUCCAGCUCUGACACAACAUCAGGAGAACCCUCAGCCCCAGACCCUACGUCAGAGGUGGCACCAGUGAGCAGCGGCCCCACUGAAACUGUGAAUGCACCCUCUGACCCCUCCCUGUCACCCAGCCAGAGGACGCCAGAGAAAGAGACACACAGAGACGGAGAGGUGGAUGUGGCUCCAGAAGGGGAAACAGAAGAAGAGAAAGCUAUACGUCUUCUCUACUGCUCCCUCUGCAAGGUGGCCGUCAACUCUGCCUCCCAGCUGCAGGCCCACAACAGCGGCACUAAGCACAAGACGAUGCUGGAGGCAAGGAGCGGCGAUGGAGCCAUCAAGUCCUUCCCGAGGACGGGGGUCAAAGCCAAGUUGGUCGUGCCGUCAGAGUCGUCAACGGGACUCCAGAACAAAACUUUCCACUGUGAGAUCUGCGAUGUGCACGUCAACUCUGAGACUCAGCUCAAACAGCACAUCAGCAGUCGGAGACAUAAGGAUAGAGCGGCAGGUAAACCAGCCAAGCCGAAGUUCAGCCCUUACACUCCCACCCAGCGUCACCAGAGUUUCCAAGCAAUUCGUCUCGCUCUACGGAAGAACCAAGACCUGACCAAACCUCUUGCCUCCUGUCUCCUACAGCGCCAACUCUCUGUUGCCGCUGCUGCUGCCAUGGCAACACUGCCCCCCUUCCCUCUACGCCCUGCAUCGAACUCGAGCCCCGCCCUGUUUCAGAGUCAGCCCCUCCCUCAGGCCCUGCUGCACCCGGCCCCUGGACACAUCUGUUCCACACACACGCCGGUUCUGUUUUCCCCCUACUGACCCCGUCGACGUCUCAAUCAGCUCUGAACUACAGUUAAACGCAGACUUGGACGUGAUGUGAUAUAACACAGCGCUUACUAACAACAGAUACUGUGGGUGUCAUGGACCAGGACUGAAGUUUAUUUGUGUGGCCCAAAACCAUAAGGCUCAUACCACCAAUGGGAUGGAGGAAGUACAAAACAGCAAAUGAGCAAAAGCAGAGUAUUUUCUGAUGAGAGUGUGUUUGUGUGUGUGUGUGAGUGCAUGCGCAGAUACAGC